GGCGGUGGCGGCGGCGGCGGCGGCGGCGGAGGCGGCGGAGGCGGCGGAGGCGGUGGCGGCGGCGGCGGCGGCGGCGGCGGCUCUCGUAGGCGGUUCCGGUCGUGUAUCUCCGGGCGGCGGCGGCGGCGGCUCAUGGCGGCGACGGAACUGAGAGGAGUGGUGGGGCCGGGCCCGGCGGCCAUUGCAGCUCCGGGCGGCGGCGGCGGCGGCGGCGCCGGGCCGCCGGUGGUGGGAGGCGGCGGACGCGGAGACUCAGGCCCGGCCUCCGGGGCCCCGGCGAGCACGGUGGCCGCGGCGGCGGCGGCGAUGGGUGGCCCGGGCCCUGGGGCCGGGGGAGCGGCGACGGCGGCGGGCCCGGCCUCGGCGCCGCCGGCUGGGGGUUCGGGAGCCGGGGGUUCGGGCUCGGCCCGAGAGGGCUGGCUCUUCAAAUGGACCAAUUACAUCAAAGGCUACCAGCGGCGCUGGUUCGUGCUGAGCAACGGGCUGCUGAGCUACUACAGGUCAAAGGCAGAAAUGAGACAUACCUGCCGCGGUACCAUCAACCUGGCCACGGCCAACAUCACCGUGGAAGACUCCUGCAACUUCAUCAUUUCCAACGGGGGUGCUCAGACCUACCACCUGAAGGCAAGCUCCGAAGUGGAGCGGCAGCGCUGGGUGACAGCCCUGGAGCUGGCCAAGGCCAAGGCCGUCAAGAUGCUGGCAGAAUCUGAUGAGUCCGGAGAUGAAGAGUCCGUCUCACAGACUGAUAAGACAGAGCUACAGAACACCCUCCGGACCCUCUCCAGCAAAGUGGAGGACCUGAGCACAUGCAACGACCUGAUAGCCAAGCACGGCACGGCUCUGCAGCGCUCCCUCAGCGAGCUCGAGUCCCUGCGUCUGCCUGCCGAGAGCAACGAGAAGAUCAAACAGGUCAACGAGCGGGCCACCCUGUUUCGGAUAACCUCCAACGCCAUGAUCAAUGCCUGCAGAGACUUCCUUAUGUUAGCCCAGACCCAUAGUAAAAAAUGGCAGAAGUCACUACAAUAUGAAAGAGACCAGCGUAUCCGACUGGAAGAGACCCUGGAGCAGCUGGCAAAGCAGCACAAUCACCUCGAGAGGGCCUUCCGAGGAGCCACGGUGCUGCCAGCCAACACCCCCGGCAGUGCCGGUUCCGGCAAAGAUCAGUGCUGCUCUGGCAAAGGAGACGUGAGUGAUGAGGACGAUGAGAAUGAAUUUUUUGACGCUCCUGAGAUCAUUACAAUGCCUGAAAACUUGGGCCACAAACGUACUGGCAGCAACAUCAGUGGAGCCAGCAGUGACAUCAGCCUAGAUGACCAGUAUAAACAUCAGCUAGAAGAGACCAAGAAGGAAAAGAGAACUAGGAUACCGCAUAAGCCAAACUAUAGCCUAAACUUAUGGAGCAUCAUGAAGAACUGCAUUGGGAAAGAACUCUCCAAGAUUCCGAUGCCGGUGAACUUUAACGAGCCCUUAUCCAUGCUUCAGCGCCUUACUGAAGAUCUGGAAUACCAUGAGCUGUUAGACCGAGCUGCAAAGUGUGAGAACUCUCUUGAACAGCUCUGUUAUGUUGCAGCUUUCACCGUGUCCUCCUAUUCCACCACUGUCUUCCGUACCAGCAAGCCAUUCAACCCACUCCUUGGGGAGACUUUUGAACUGGACCGCCUAGAGGAGAAUGGGUACCGGUCCCUCUGCGAGCAGGUGAGCCAUCAUCCACCUGCUGCCGCACACCACGCUGAGUCCAAAAAUGGCUGGACAUUGCGCCAGGAGAUCAAAAUCACCAGCAAAUUCCGAGGCAAAUACCUCUCCAUUAUGCCACUCGGUAGCAUCCACUGUAUUUUCCAUGCAACAGGACAUCACUACACUUGGAAGAAGGUCACCACGACAGUGCAUAACAUCAUUGUGGGCAAGUUGUGGAUAGACCAGGUAGGCAGAGGGACCCCGCGUGACUCUGAAGGACAGAAGACUCCCUCCUUAGGUACACCUUUGCAGUACUUAGCACCUGUGAGCAAGGUGACAGGGGAAGUGACAGAUCCAUCAGGAAAAGUUCAUUUUGCCCUUCUGGGGACUUGGGAUGAGAAAAUGGAUUGUUUCAAAGUCCAGCCAGUCAUUGGGGAGAACGGGGGUGAUGCUCGACAGAGAGGCCACGAAGCAGAGGAGAGCAGGGUCACGCUGUGGAAAAGGAACCCUUUGCCGAAGAAUGCAGAAAACAUGUACUACUUCUCAGAACUCGCUCUAACCCUCAAUGCCUGGGAAGGCGGCACCGCCCCCACAGACAGUCGGCUACGGCCUGACCAGAGACUGAUGGAAAACGGGCGCUGGGAUGAAGCCAAUGCUGAGAAGCAGCGCCUGGAGGAGAAGCAGAGACUUUCCCGAAAGAAAAGAGAAGCGGAAGCUAUGAAAGCCACAGAGGACGGCACGCCAUAUGAUCCCUACAAGGCACUAUGGUUUGAACGGAAGAAGGACCCUGUUACCAAGGAGCUAACUCAUAUUUAUAGGGGGGGCUACUGGGAGAGUAAAGAGAAACAGGACUGGAACUCUUGCCCGGACAUCUUCUGAAACGGCAUCCACAAAACAGAGGAGGAUUAAAGGGGACAAGGACAGAGGCUAUGUGGGGAAAGCCGGCAGGUGUGACUCUCACAGUCUGUUGUCCUCAAGUUUGCCUGUCUUAACCAAUCAUUUGUUUUCCCAAAUCGAUCACCAGAAGCAGACGCCGUUGGUGGUGACUGGCUGGUUGCCUUAGCUGAUUGAAAUCGAAAUCAAAAAUACUGGAUACCUGGCAUUGUAAGGGAGAGGUCUAGUGGCCAAAAGUUGACGUGAUUCCACUUCUGUGAUGUCAGGUGUUCUUGACUCUUCGCCUCCCUCUGCCCCUCCCGUUCAAGAUGCCGUGCUUCACCCUCCCCAAGUAGUGUCCUCCUCAGCCGAGAUCUGCAUCAGAUUUCCAGUGCGGGACAUUUUGGUGCUGCUCAGAGCAAGAGCUGACUUGAGAAGUUCUUUCCAAAAGAAACAGGAGUCACUUACCAGUGGAGACAUCGCCAUGUGGAUGGUUACGGUGGCAUCGAGGCUUGGUGUUGUGAAACGUCUUCACAGACAGGAGGGUCUGUCCGUGGAUAAUGGCGAUACUGGGACGCCCCUGAGAGGGAUUGAUCUUGAAAGUUGGGGUCUUCAGUUAACAUUCUUGGAAGUUUCUAUCUUCACUUGAGUGAAACAUGCUUUUGGCAUUUUCCUCUUUUGACAGCAACCUAAGGCCACCUUGGUGAUUGGUAGGAGGGUCGCAUUAGCCUCACAAAGGGGUUUUCCAAACUUCCUCAGGCUGAGCACAUAAGGCAGGAUGGGAAAAUGGCUGCUAGCCACUCUGGCUUUCCCAGUUCCUUCUCACCUCACCCUCCAUUCUUCAUUGCCUUUCUAGCGCCGCCUCUACACACACCCCUCUCUCUCUCUCUCUCUCUCAAUCCCACUUUGGGUUUGUGCUCAGGGUGGAGCAAGCAGAACAUGACCUGUCCCAUUCUGAUUUCUUCAGAACUUGAGAGUUUUAUCUGGAAGAGGACUUUUUCACCAUCUCUCAAGCCCUUUGGACUGCAGCCACCUCUGGAAUAAUGUGUCGAAUAUCUGUAUAUUAUAUAUAUGUAGAGAAAAAUCUAAUUUUUUUUUUUUGUUUUGAUUUUCCUCCCCAAAUAAGAAUCUUGGUUCUUUUGAUGUCAUUUACCUCCCUGGGACUCUCUCAGAGGCUCUGAUACAGAUCGGAACUGCCUCAGUUGGCCACCGUUCAGAGGCAAACACAUUCAGAAUCGGAGCCAGGCUGGUGCCUGGCAGUUAGUGAACAAAGACUUUCCCCGUGGUGUGUACCGUGGGGUGCCUGCUACUAUCUAAACUCUGCCCCCCCGGCUCUUGAAAAAGGACAUCCUGAACUCUUUCCUGCCUUUUUUCUCCCCCCUUUCUUGUAUUAGAAAGAGUAUGGUAGAAAGGCAGGCAGGUGAUUUCCAGCCUCUGUCGGAAUCAACACUCACCGCUGACUCCCAGGAGUACAGUCUCCCUCGGGUGUGGGGGGGGGAGAGCGAGAAGGGCUGCUGACGGGCCUUGGCUUCCCUCAUCUUUUUCUUCUGUGCUUGUUUUGAGUUGUCUCGUUCCAAAAUCUAGCCCCUGAGCAACCCACCCUCGGUUGAGGAUCACAUAUUGAGGUGCCUUGUAUGCUUUUUUUUUUGUUGUUAUUAGUGUUUUUAUUUGUUUGUUUCUGUUCCUUAACUGCUGAGCCUCAACCAGUGUGGGCCCUAGGGGAAACAAUCAUUCCAGAGGAAGCCAAUCCCCCCCCACACAUCCUCACCCGCCAUGAAGAAAUGAGUCCUCUUCUCCCUCCCUCCCUGAGAGCCCAACAGAAGCAAAGCGCUGUGGCAGGGUUUCUCCCGAGGACACCCAUAACAGUGGUGACCUGAUGGGUUUAGACAGAGUGGGAAACACACACCCCUCCCAAUUGACCCUUUCUGCCUUUUCUUCCUCCACUACCUGCACUACAAUUCUGACCUGACCCCCAGUCAGAUUCCCGCUGAUGGAAGAAACUCUUGAGUCCUUCAGGUGAGAUAGUCACAUCAAAACAAAACUAUAUAUAUAUAUAUAUAUAUAUAUUAUAUAUAUUUUCAGUUUUUUUGCCUUAUUGUUUUUUUUUUUUUUCAAAGAAAACUACUAAAUUAAAUAAUUUUUAAAAAGUCA